GUUCUGUUGAGAUAGAGAAAGGGUUUAAUGCAGCGUGUGACUACCUUUACGACUACUUUUACUACACAAUCGAGAAAGAGAGUUUUUUGUUCUGGAAUACCUUUGAGACCACUGUCUACGACAUCUCAUUUUUCACUCACGACGGUUUUUGGAUAUACGCCUAGAGCUACGAUACAGAAAAGAAAUAUGUCGGAUAUCAAGAAGGUUUUUACAGCUAAUGCCUGUCCUCCUGCUGGACCUUACACCCAAGCCAUCAUUGCCGGCCCCAACGUCUUCGUCUCUGGCCAAAUCCCCGCCGACACAAAGGGCAACCUAAUCGAAGGCAGCAUCGCCGACAAGACCAAGAUGUGCUGCGAGAACAUCAAGGGUAUCCUCACUGAAGCCGGUGUUGCUAUGGAGAGGGUUGUAAAGGUCAACGUCUUCCUCGACGACAUGGCAAACUUCGCCGAGAUGAACUCCAUCUACGAGCAGUACUUUGCCCACAAGCCCGCGAGGAGCUGCGUUGCAGUUAAGCAGCUGCCCAAGGGUGUGCCUGUCGAGAUCGAGUGCAUUGCGUAUAACGGUAUGGGCCAUGCAAAGCUCUAAUGCUGAUGUAGGGUGUGUGUUGAUUAUCUUGUGUAGGUUAAUCGACUGUAUGACGUGGUGGUACCUCAACGGGCGAUUUGCGUGUAUAGGCUGAUUGCAAGGUAUAGUGGUUAAGGGGUGGGGUAUGAUGGAUACGGUACGAGGCCAUGUUAGAAGCGAGGUAUAGGCUUUUGGAACUACACUUGAAUCUACUACCACCCACCA